GGGGCUGGGGAGGCUGUGGGCGCAGGCAGGGCAGGGCCUCCUGGGCCUUAAGAAGGGUCUUGAAUGUCAGCCUGAGUGAGAUGGAGCCACAGAGGGUUUAGCAGAGCAAAGGGCCUGACCUGCAGCUGCCGUGUGCAGGAUACACCAGGCGCAUGCACCAAGGAGCAGCAGCUGCUGGGGUCCAGGAGGGCCCGGAGGAGAGGUUGAGAUGGUGGCAUGAGCAGGUCGAGGGAAGUGAGCUGAUUCCAGAUGCACCUGUGGCUGGGGUGGGGUGGGGUGUGUGAGCGGAGAGAGGAGUCAAGGGUGACUGCCCGAUAUUUGGCCUGGGAGUUACCUGGAUGGGGAAGCCACCUGCUGCAUAGGGAGGCAGGGAUGCAGGAUUGGGAGCUCGACUUUGCGAUGCUGAGUUUGGAUUGGGCCACCCAAGCGGGGGCCAGCGGGAAGUAAGAGGCUGGUGCUACCCAUUCUGUAGAUGAGUAAACCGAGCCUCGGGAAGGUUAAUGACUUGCCCAAGGUCACACUAAAGCAGUGUGCUGCUGAGAGGGCCUGCGCUCCAAGUUCUGACGCCAAACUCCUCCCUGUUCCUCUCCUCGUAGGGGCGGGAGUCCUUCGUUCCCCAUGGCCUGGGUCUUCUUGACCCAGUGCUGGCACAAUGGGUCGGCGGCCACGGGUGAGGAAUGAGCGUGUGGAUGCAGAGGGGGUGUAGAGGCACAUGGCCAGGGAGGGGAAGGAGUGACGGCAGGAGAGCCGGAGGCAGAGCUGUGCACAUCGCAGCCUCACAGGGACAGGGACAGAGGCGCCCCUCGUGGAGGCCUGUUGCCAUCACCCGUGCUGCACAGAAGGGGCACCUCCGGCCCAGAGCUGGAGAGCGACUUAGCGGGGCUGCAACUUGGCAGAGCGCUCCUCCCAUACCGGCCCAGCCAGGUUCGCGGCCCGCUGGCGGUGGCGGGGGGAGCGCCCCUCCUUCCUGGUUAGGUGACUGCACGCCACACGCACCACCCACCGCACCGCCCCUCUCCCUGAGGCUCAGCCUCGCAGGCCUGUACCAGGUACUAGGUCUCCACUACGCAACUGUGUCCCCAAGGGUACCAGGACAGGUCCCAGAGGGGAACAGGCCAGUAGGGGGCCUGCGGUGGGAGCACGGACAAAGCAGGGGUCACGGGAGCAGGUCUCGGGGGACAGUCAGUGCUCGCAAAGGUUUAACGGCUGCUGGGCGGGGAGCCCUGACGGGCCGUUUUAGUUGAUUUGUGUGGUACACGCGACAGGAUUUUUUUCCCCCCAGUGAUCGUGGGGUCACUGAGCUGGGAGCUGAUACCUAACACACUCCAUAGUGCAAAUUGUAUACCCCUAUCCACACACUAUAGACAAAGACAACCUCGAGAGCACAGAUUAUAAUGUUUUAAAACUUUCGUUUUAACACCUGGAUGGCAGAAUGCUAAAUUUAACAGUUAGCUCUCAGGAGUGAGCUAACUGCACUAGCGCACCUCUGAGAAGCAUCCCUGGCAGAGGCGAAAGCAGGUGCUAAGGGGUGAGAAUGUGCCUGGGGAAUGGCUGUGGGGUGUGAGGGAGGCUGCAGGACUGGAGGUGGGGGGUAGUGAGCUUGGCAGAGGAAGAAGGCUGUGGCAGGUCCCUCUAAGGUCCCUGUGGAGAAGGGACCAGGAGCGAGGUUGAGUGUGGCCAGGGCCAGAGAUGGUGAGGACAUGCUGAGUACCCUGCGGACAGGACGGAGGGACAGAGUCGAGAGAUCUUUGAAAGGCAGAGUUAACAUCAUCUGGGGUUUGGCGGUGGUUGCUCAGUUUCCUCAUCUGUGAAAUGGGUGCGCUACCCACCACCCGUGAUUGUACAGAGGACAAAUCCGUGUGUGGUCCAUGGGGAAGUGCUUUGAAAGGCAGAAAAGUCCUUCACCUGUUUGUGACAUGCACCCUCUCAGGUGUGUGGGUGGGGGCUGGGGGGCUGAGAGUGGAUGACAGUCACCGGUCACGCAGGUCGCAGCAGUCCCCCCACCUCAUUCCCGUGAGCAUGUCUUCCCCUUUCAGGUUUAAAGAGCGUGUCCUGCAGACCCCAAACGACCUUCUGGCUGCUGGCUUUGAGGAGCACAAGUUCCAGAACUUCUUUAAUGCUUUUUACAGCGUGGUGGAGCUGGUGGAGAAGGACGGCUCCGUGUCCAGCCUGCUGAAGGUGUUCAACGACCAGAGCUCCUCGGACCGAAUCGUGCAGUUCCUGCGCCUGCUCACCUCAGCCUUCAUCAGGAACCGCGCGGACUUCUUCCGACACUUCAUCGACGAGGAGAUGGACAUCAGAGACUUCUGCACUCACGAAGUGGAGCCCAUGGCCAUGGAGUGUGACCACAUCCAGAUCACAGCCCUGUCCCAGGCACUGAACAUUGCCUUGCAGGUGGAGUAUGUGGACGAAAUGGACACGGCCCUGAACCACCACGUGUUCCCCGAGGCCGCCAUCCCUUCCGUUUACCUGCUCUAUAAAACAUCCCACUACAACAUCCUUUACGCAGCCGAUAAACGUUGAUUAAUUUUGGGCCAUGCAGUGGAGCCUGUCACCUAAUGGGACUGCAUUCUGAAUGGAACAUCAUGGCUUUGCAAUUUUUUAAGCGAUUUAGACUGUAGUUAAAAAUGUGCAGCCUUUGGGGCAACGUCACUGGGAAUAAGGCCUACUCCCUAUGGACUGUUGGUAACUUGGUGAUAUUUUUAAUAUUUAUUUUCAAGGAGGAACAAAUAUUUUCUAACUCUGAGGUAGGAAGCCAGAACUCCUGGCUCUACUCUCAGUCCCCUGAGACCUUGCGUAGGACACCUCCCCUCUCUGGGCCCUUUUGAGGAGGUUCCUGCCACUGUUGACAUCCUGUUGGAUAAAAAUGGGGUCCUCUGGUUUCUUUUCACGAGGGGCAGCGCCUCCCUCUUCUGGGAGGAAAAGCUCAAGGUCAGCUGUCUUAAGUGACGUAACCAGUUCUAUAAGAAAAAUCAAUUCAAUCGGCUCUUGGACUGGACUUCGGUGGAUGGAGCGCUGAAGCUAACUUGAGUACGAGGGCUUCGGUGUACUCCCAGCCGUUCACAAUGGAGUGUUUUCUUCCCCCUCACUUGAGAAAUAAGAGGCUUUUGUGCCAGAGUCUAGAAAGGAGCCUGUAGCCGUCUGCAUGAAGCCUCUACCUCCCUCAAGGCCAGGGCCAUCCCACCUGGACAGAGGUUUGAGAAAGACUAGGGUCUGGGACCAAGAAGCUGCCUCGUCAACCCCAGCACAUGCUGGAUGGAGACUUGAGACACUCGGGCAGGUGGAGACAUGGACCGGCAGCGGCAGCCGCAGACCCCAGCUGAGCAGAGCAGACGUCUUUUGAGGCUACCACUGGCUUCCUUCCCCUUUCCCCCUGCCUGGUUUAUGGGCUGCUGAGAGGUUAGGUGGGAAGAACAGAGCUGCAUGGAGGAGACUGGCAGUGGGGGAGACCACCACUGUGGACACUGCCUGGUAGCCAGGAGCGUCUGGCCAGUCUCCUUGUUCAUCCACCUGGACACGGCCCUUCACCUCCUCACCUUGCUGCCUCGGGGCCUCGAGGAGCCCUGGCUGGGCUGGGGCACAGCCAGCAAGCUCUCGUCCUCUGUGGGGGGGUGGGGGGUGGAAUUGCCCCUUGGGGUGGGCACUUCCUUGAUGGAAGGCCUUCUCACAGGAGCACUGGGUAACAGACUGCUCCCAGUCCUCGCAUACACACGCCAGACUCUCAUCACUCUUCCGCCUUUGUGAAGUCCGACGUCAGGGUGCUUUUAGUCUCAGGCAGGGACCCAGGUUCCCAUAUGGCCCUUGGCUGGAAUCGGGACCCAAGGGCUCAAGCUAAGUGACUGUCACUUUUUCACAGGAAUGUAUAUCUGCCCCUCAUCUCUUAACUGGUUCAGUGUCCCGCCUUGCUGUGACAAGUGCACCGAAGAGUGGGGGUAACACGCUCCCUGAUUUGUCAGCAUCACAAUCCCUGUUUCCAAACAGGGACCGAGCUCAAGCUCGGCUGCUCUGUGGGCUUGUGAGAGGGGUCCUGGGCCUCCGGCUGGGCUCUCGAGCACAGCGUCAUCGGCACUGACUGCCACCGAACAGCACUCGGGGCGAGUGCGCAUUUACAAAAGCAGAGCUUUUUCUUUCGCAGACAGGCUGCAGAAAGUCCCCCAAGAUGUGUCUAGGCAGUGCUUCCAGACCGAGAGCCUGCCAGUGCUCAGAGGGGACUCUCUUUCCCCUCUGAAGAGAGCCUAUCAGUUUAGUAUCACACUGCUCAAGAGAGGCAGGCUGUUUUCAUGACCUUGUCCUCUGCUCUCCCACUUUUCACAAAACCCCUGGCCAAAUCCAAACCGCUGUUUUCCCUUCACUGUGGAGGAAAAGGAGUGGCAGGAUGCAGAGGAACUUUAGCUUAGUUAAAAUCCAGUCACCUGCAGGCGUGACCUUGCUUGUCUACAGCAGCCAGUCACGCCGGGGAUCACACUUCGUGGUGAUUCUCCACCUGCCCCACAAAGCCUUCUCUUUCCAGACCAAAAGCUGGAAGGAGACUUUAUAAAUCAAUGUGAACGGUUAGCAACAAAAAGAACUGUUGUUCUGGCUUUUGGUUCCUAUUUUAAGCACAAAGGAGCUUUGGAAACAGGCUGAGUUCAAAUCUCAACUUUAUCAUUAACUAUGUGACCUCAGCCAAGUCACUUCAGCUCCCAGAGUUCCAAUGCCCACAUUAGUGAAAUGGAGACAGUACCAACACAUCACAGGAUUACUGGUUCAAGUGCAACGAGAUUACGUGUGGAAACAAUUUUAAGAGCUGACACACAGUGCCCUCCAAAUGAGAAGCAUCUCCCCUUCCGUGUCCCAUGGGAUGCAGCGGAAUGUUGCAAGAAACACACCAGCUUGGCAGUGGCACUGUGGUUUCCCAAAGAGUGGGAAUAAGUCUUGCAGACCAAACACACUCCUAUGAGCAAAAAUGGGGCAGGGGCUGUAGCUCAGUGAGGAGCUACAGCCCCUCCCAACUCUGGGAGCUGACCCGGUGGGAUGUAAGCCAGGCAGUUGGUGAAAACGUUCUCCUAGCAUUAAAACAGUUUCU